AUGAGCAUACCACCUAAACCGGUACUUGCUUCGACCUCAGUGUCCUCAACGUCUACAUCAACUCCGGUCAACAUGCCAAAUAUUCCCAAAGUCCCAACAAUCAACAGUAAUACAGGGAAAUCUGACCAAGUAGCUUCACUGACGACGCCACAGGGGAUGAUACCGACAAAUAAUACCGGUAUGCCGAUGAAUUUUAUGAACUUUCCAAUGAAUAUGCCAGGAAUGCCAUCCAUACAAGGAUUACCAGGAGUUUCACAGAUGCCAAUGAUGAAUAUGCCACAAAUGAACAUGCCUAACAUGCCUACUAUGCCUAACAUGCCUAACAUGCCUAACAUGCCUACUAUGCCUAACAUUGGUAUACAGAUGCCAAAUAUUCAAGACAAUGUAGAUAAAAGUGACCCUCUCAAUAACUUUGAUCCAACGAUAGUUAUGAAACAAAACCAAUUAAUUCAACAGGUAAAUGCAAAAGCUGCAAACAGAACACACUUUGCAUUUGAACCGUUCUUGAACAAAGAGUACAAUUUUGGUUUGGACCCUGAUAGGCCGACAUGUGAGUACUGGAUACAAUCCAAUGGAACUUCUUGUCCCUUGGGGAGUGAGUGUCCAUUAAAACAUCCCUCCAAGGGGUUUAAAAAUAAGAUAGUCUGUAAGUAUUGGUUACGUGGACUUUGUAAAAUGGGUGACAAUUGUGACUUUUUGCACGAAUAUAACCUAUCUAGGAUGCCCGAGUGUGCAUACUAUGCAGCUACAGGUGUCUGUACACAGGGACCGGAAUGUGUUUACUCCCAUGUUGACGCUAAAAGCAAGAUACCAGAAUGUUGGAAUUACACUAAUAUGGGUUUCUGUCCGGAUGGGCCAAAGUGUUCAAAGAGACAUAUCAAAAGAGAAAUGUGUGAGAAUUAUCUCACCGGCUUCUGUCCCAAGGGUAAGAGCUGUGACAAGGCGCAUCCACAGUUCAAGCUUGCUUUGGUACACGGUAGUUUCAAGAUUGUCAGUGAUGAGGAAAUCAUAGCCAAGAGACUUAAAAAUAAGGCGGAUUAUGAAGCUAAGUUGAGGUUAGAAAGGGAUUUGCUAGGCAUCAAACACGAAGACGUUGAAAAUAAGGAGUCAGAAUCUAGAAACAUUGAAGAGAAUGGACAAGCAGGUGAAAAUAGCCAGGAAACAGAAAACCCAUCCAAUGAGUCCUCCACUCCACAGACAAUCUCAGUUUGA